UUGGCUCCAACACGCUGGCUGAGAGUGAGGAAGUGUGUAGAAUGCACAACGUUGAGUGAGGAAGUGUCUAGAACGUAGAAUGAAAAACGUAGAGUGAGGAAUAGUCUACAAUGUUCUCGUGGCUUCCUUCUUGCUCCUCUUGGUUUGCGUGCGUGUCGGCGUACUCGCCAGCACGGCUCAGUGGAAGCGGGCGCCGCCGGCUGCUCUGGCCGGAAAUGAAGCGUCUUUGUCGGCGGCUGGCGGUGGCCGUGGCGGUGCUCGUGUGGCUCGGAGCGCUUGUCUACCUGCUGGUGCUUAGCCGAAGGCGGCUGCCCGAACUCGGCGUGGCAACCGGGGAAGCUGUCGGUGCGCGUCUUGUCGCUGGUCCUGGUCCGGUUGUCGGGUUCGACAAACAGAUAUCCGACGCGGAGUGGGAAGACAUGUUGGACCGCUUUGACGAGCGAAGUUACCUGAGCGCCCGACGCUGGAGGCCUGGCGACGACCCUUACACACUGUAUGCCUUCAACCAGAGGGAGAGUGAACGCAUCCCCAGCAACCGAGCUCUGAGGGACACGAGACACCUCAGGUGCGCCGGCCUCCGCUAUAGCGCCGACCUUCCUCCUACUUCCAUCAUCAUCACCUUCCAUAACGAGGCCCGCUCCACCCUGCUUCGCACUGUCAGGAGUGUUUUAAACAGAACUCCUGUUCAUCUCAUCUAUGAGAUCAUCUUGGUGGACGACUUCAGCCCUGACGGAAGUGACUGCCAGCUUCUCACCAAACUGCCUAAAGUCAAAUGUCUGCACAACAGAAAGAGAGAAGGUCUGAUCCGGUCCAGAGUGCGCGGCGCUGAUGCUGCCGGGGCGACCGUCCUCACCUUCCUGGACAGUCACUGUGAGGUCAACAAGGACUGGCUGCCACCCCUCCUGCAGAGGAUCAAACAGGACCCAACCAGAGUUGUCAGCCCCGUCAUCGACAUCAUCAAUAUGGACACUUUCGCCUACGUGGCCGCCUCCUCUGACCUGCGAGGAGGUUUCGAUUGGAGUCUCCAUUUUAAGUGGGAGGGGCUUUCACCUGAGGAGAGAGCACAUCGGACCGACCCCACCCAGCCAAUCAAGACGCCCAUCAUCGCCGGCGGCCUCUUUGUAAUUGACAGCUCGUGGUUCGAUCACCUGGGCAAGUAUGACACAGCCAUGGACAUCUGGGGCGGAGAGAACUUUGAGAUCUCCUUCCGGGUGUGGCAGUGCGGAGGAAGCUUGGAGAUCAUUCCGUGCAGUCGAGUGGGUCACGUCUUUAGGAAGAAACAUCCGUACAUCUUCCCUGAGGGCAACGCCAACACCUAUAUCAAGAACACACGUCGCACAGCUGAAGUGUGGAUGGACGACUUUCGCCUCUUCUACUACUCGGCUCGGCCUGCUGCACGAGGAAAAUCAUACGGAGACAGCAUCCGAGGACGCGUGGAGCUGAGACGCAAGCUCAAAUGCAAAUCUUUCAAGUGGUACCUGGACCAUGUCUACCCAGAACUCAAAGUCCCUGACGAUUCUGACUCGCAGUCCGGGCUGAUCCGACAGAGGCACAACUGCUUGGAGUCUCGUAGCGUGGACGGCCAGGAGGUGCCGGUGCUCAUGUUGGCGCCCUGUGUGAAUCCAGACGGGGUCCAUGCCCCUAACCAGGAGUGGAUGUACACACCAGGCCAGCAGAUACGACAACACCACCACUGUGUAUCCGUCACCACCACCUUCCCCGCCUCACAACUGCUGCUGCUGCCCUGCAACAUGGCCGACGGCAAGCAGCGUUGGCAAAAGUCUGGCACUCACCUGGAGCACCAGGCGUCCCGUUUCUGCCUAGACUCGGCUAUGGCGCUGGACGGGCUGGACUCGUCCCGCAUGCUGGUCAUCAGCCCGUGUGAGCUGAGCGCCGCCACGCAGAGAUGGGACGUGCCUUUCUCCUGACUUCCCACCGACCCCGUGACCUCUCACCUCAUCUCGAAGAUGCCAGCGGAUGAGCGUCUGUUAGUAGGGAAGUUAGUGGGCUGUUUGGGUUCGGAACGUGAAGGCGUGACGAGACACCAAGUGCACCUUAAGACUGGCGGCCAUGUCGGAGUUGUUCGCACAGAACACGAGGCGGUAACAAACUCAUUCAAAAUAUUCACAAUGUUUUGAUACUAGGAGGGGAAAGCGUGUGACUUCUUACGACAUAUUUGCCUACUUUAAAAAUCAUUGUGACAGCGAGAGCGCUCCCUCUGGUGGCAGCCAUGAAUAGAAAGAUGAACCGCAAACAGGAAGUGAGCUGAUGAAGCACUUCCUGUGUCAAUUAUAAGGUCCGACGCCCUUUUACUUUGUGCAUGUUUCUGUCAUGCCUCUCAAAAUAAAUCACUUCAUGGCCUUCCCGUGGUUCUUCACGUGUAAGCUUUUAUUGUGUUGACAGAAAGUGACUCUUUUGUCUUGUUUUUGUCUAAACACCUGCUUCUAUUCUCAAUAAAAGUUUUGUAGUGACGACUGACUUGUUUUCUCAUUGUGUACAGCUCCACUAAUGGACAUUGGAAUGUUACUU